CAGCAAGCAAAGUACUAGAUGUCAUAUCUACAGCUGUAGAUAUUUCAAGUGCUGGUCUUGUAACUAGCUCAGGUAUGUCUCUUGAAGUUACAACAAGUGCAAUGUCUAUAACCACAUCAAGUUUAUUUCCUAAAGUCACAUCAAGUGUAGUUCCUGUAGAUUCAUUUAGUGAAGGUUUAAUAGGAGCAUCAACUGUUCCCUUAAUCACAUCAAGUCCAGGUCCUGUAAUCAAUCAAGUACAGUUCAUGCAGAAACCUCAAGCAAAAUUCCUGUAACCACAUUUACAACAGGGUUUGAAGGUCCAAGUUUAGUUCUUGCAGGUACAACAAGUUCAAUUCCAAUAUCAAGUGCAGUUAAUGUAAUCACACAAAGGGAAGACUCUGUAGCUAUAUCUAGUUUAGACACAAGGGUUACAUCAAGUACAGGACCUAUAACAAGUGCAGUUCCCAUAGAAACAUCAGCUGCAGUCCCUCUAGUCACAAGUGUACUUUCAGUAGCUUCAAGUGAAGCUUUUGUAGCAACAUCAAGUGCAGUUCCUGUUAUCACAUCAAGUUCAGUUCUUACACACCUUAAGCGGAGCUACGCUAAGCUCAACUGAUGUAGCAGUGUCCAGCACAAUCCCUAAGGCAAUGUCAGGUGCAGUUCUCGUAACCACGUUGAGUGAAGAUCAUACAGCCACAUUAGGUGUCGUUCCCACAGCAACAACAACUUUAGUCCCCGUAGUCACAUCAAGUCCAGCUACAAUAGGUACAUCAAGUCCAGUGUCACUGUCAAGUGCAGUUCCUUUAGCAUCAUCAACCAUAACUACCAUACCUAUAUCAAGUGAAGGUACUGUUGCCACAUCAAGUGCAUCUACUGUAACCACUUUAAGUGUAUCUUCUGAAGUCACAUCAAGUGUAGGGUUAGUGGCUACGUUGGGAUUUGCUCCUUUAGUCACAUCCAGUAUUGCUUCUGUAGCUGCAUCAAGUGUAGUUUCAACCGUUGCACCAAUUUCAGUUCCUGUCGCCACAUCAAGUGUAGUUCCUGUCGCCACAUCAAGUGUAGUUCCUGUCGCCACGUCAAGUGCAGUUCCUGUAGCCACGUCGAGUGCAGUUCCUGUUGUCACAUCAAGUGCAGUUCCUGUAGCCACGUCGAGUGCAGUUCCUGUUGUCACAUCAAGUGCAGUUCCUGUAGCCACAUCAAGUGAAGCUCCUGUUGUCACAUCAAGUGCAGUUCCUGUUGUCACAUCAAGUGCAGUUCCUGUAGCCGCAUCGAGUGUAGUUCCUGUAGCCACUUCGAGUGCAGUUCCUGUAACCACAUCAAGUGCGGUUCCUGUAGCCACAUCGAGUGCAGUUCCUGUAACCACAUCAAGUGCGGUUCCUGUAGCCACAUCGAGUGCAUAUCUUGUAACCACAUCAAGUGCGGUUUCUGUAGCCACAUCGAGUGCAGUUCCUGUAGCCACAUCGAGUGCAGUACCUAUAGCCACAUCAAGUGCAGUUCCUGUAACCACAUCGAGUGCAGUUCCUGUAACCACAUCGAGUGCAGUUCCUGUAGCCACAUCAAGUGCAAUUCCUGUAGCCACAUCGAGUGCAGUUCCCACAACACCAAGUGUGGGAGUUGUCACAUCAAGUGCAUCUACUGUAACCACUUUAAGUGUAUCUUCUGAAGCCACAUCAAGUGUAGGGUUAGUGGCUACGUCGGGAAUUUCUCCUUUAGUCACAUCCAGUAUUGGUUCUGUAGCUGCAUCAAGUAUAGUUUCAACCGUUGCACCAAGUGCAGUUCCUAUAGCCACAUCAAGCAAAGACCAUGUAGAAAUAUCAAGUGAACUUAAGGUCACAUCAAGCUCGAAAAUUGAGUUAUCCAGCCGAAGCGCAGAGGCCUCAACAAAGCUGACAGUAGCUUCAAGUAUAGCUCCUGUAGUAACAGAGCUGUUGUCUGAAAUGAGUCUACUACCUGGCUCCCGACUCUGGCUUAGCCUUGUCUUGGAUGACAGCAUCGCCAUCGACGGAACAGGAACGCCUGACUUCUCAGACAGAGUCGCCGUUGAUGUCGACGUCGACAUUUACACCUUCUCUGGAGCAGCAUCUUUCCUCUUCCUUGAUUGGUUCCACGAGCACUCCCUUCGCACCCUCGGCGUCGUCCCCAAGUCAAAGCCGUAUGAUAACGAGCUCAACCACCAGUUUUGA